AUGGAGAAUGGCCGACAGAGCAUGAACUUCGAAGUCUAUGUUCUCGUACAUAGGGAUUUUGGAGGCGAGUAUAGCACCAAAUACCCAAGAGCGAUAGAUACGAUGAAGUCAUUGGAUCACAAUGGGCAGAGGCUCAAUAUUCUCGGACUUGGAUACUAUGGUAAAUACGAGAGAACAGGGGCCGAGACGGAUCUACAACUGGCCAUCCAACAUUAUCAAGAGGCCGUCGAGGCUACACCGGUAGACUACCUGGAGUGUGCACAGAAGCUCAAUAGUCUCGGGCUUGGAUACCGUGCUAUAUACAAGAGAACAGGGGCCGAGACAGAUCUACAGCUGGUCAUUCGAUAA